UUGUUCUUCCAGCGCAUCGCAGUGUUUUCCAGCCACAGCCCGAAAUGUCUCCACCAAAGAAACAACUCCACCUCACAGCCUUCAUGCGCCCCGUCAGCCUCCAUACAGGCGCCUGGCGCUACCCCGGCGCCUACCCAGACGCAAACUUCAACCUCAAACACCUAAUCUCUUUCAUCCAAUCCCUCGAAGCCGCCAAAUUCGACGCCUUCUUCAUGGCUGACCACCUCGCCGUCCUGAACAUGCCCGUCGAAGCCCUCAAACGGAGCCACACCGUUACCUCCUUCGAGCCCUUCACCCUGCUCGCCGCACUCUCACAGGUCACGGCCAGAAUCGGAUUGGCGGCAACCGCAAGCACGACGUACGACGAGGCGUACCAUGUCGCGCGGCGCUUCGCGAGUCUGGAUCACCUGAGUGGGGGGAGGGCGGCGUGGAAUAUCGUGACCACGGGGAAUCCUGAGAGCAGUAAGAACUUUGGGCGCGACGAGCACAUGGAACAUGGGGAUCGGUAUAAACGGGCGCGCGAGUUCUACGAUGUGGUAACGGGGCUGUGGGAUUCCUUCGCUGAUGAUGCGUUCCUGCGGGACGUGGAGAGCGGGGUGUAUGUUAACCCUGAGAAGAUUCAUACGCUGGACCAUAAGGGAGAUGAGCUGCAGGUGAAGGGUCCGCUGAAUAUUGCGAGGCCGGUGCAGGGGUGGCCGGUUAUUGUGCAGGCGGGACAGUCGGAGCCGGGACGCCAGCUCGCUGCUGAGACUGCGGAGGCGGUGUUCUGCUCGCCGCGGGAUGUCGAGUCGGCGAAGGCACUGUAUCAGGAUAUCAAAGGGCGGGCGAAGGCUGCGGGGAGAUUGCCAGGGCUGCCGAAAAUUUUACCAGCAGCGCUCAUUGUCAUUGGCGAUACGGUUGAAGAGGCAAAGCAGAAGAGACUCAAGCUCGACAGCUUAGUACAUUAUGACAGCGCGAUUGCGUCUCUUUCCAUAGCAUUGGGAUCGGAUGCAUCGAAGUUCGACCCAGACGGACCACUGCCCAAAGACAUUCCCGACACCAACGCGAGCAAGACGGGGCGGGCGGGUGUGAUUAGUCUCGCGGAGAAAGAAGGACUGACGGUGCGGCAGCUUGCGGGGCGGUACGGUGGCUAUUCCGGGCUUGCGUUCGUGGGGACUCCUGAGACUGUCGCAGAUGAGUUGGAGUACUGGCUGAGUGAAGAGGCCGCGGAUGGAUUUACAGUGACGUUUCCGUUUUUGCCGGAGGGACUGGAGAGUGUGACCAAGAAGCUGGUACCUGAGCUACAGCGGCGCGGAAUUUUCAGGAAAGAGUACGAAGGGACGACGUUGCGAGAGCACCUCGACCUGCCACGGCCGCCGAAUCGUUUCUUUGAGAAUGUUUUAAAGUCGUAGGUAGCCAUUGCACACAGUAGAUAAACAGGCCAACCAAUAUUUCACGGUAUCCUCUAACAUUUCUAGGGC